CGGACAAAAUGGCGGCGGCGCCACGCGGCAGCUGAGGCUCUGCUUCCGCCCCGCUGCAGCCUGCGGCCGGCAGCUGGCUCGGGGCUGGCCCAGGUCUCGCACCUCUCUGCCCUUCUCACGGCCCUCCGCGCCCGCCUAAGCCGAGGGGAGGCGGAAGGCCGCGCCGUGCCACCGCCCCUUGGCGCAGCUGCAGGCGGGGCCGGCUGCGGGCGGGCGCGGCCAUGUCGGAGCAGGGGCUGGAGGAACUCUCGGCCCUCGCCGCCAUCUACUGCGAGCCGGGCGCCUGCGAGGUGCUGGCGACCUCAGAAACAGAUGGAGUCACAUUUAGAAUUCAAAUCAGCGUGAAAGAGCUACUGGAUGCAGAUAUACUUUUAAAGCUGCUGUUUCGUUUACCAGUCAAUUAUCCAUCAACUCUACCAGAAAUUUCUGUUAGCUCAGACCAGCUUACAAGGGCCCAGUGUAUGGACAUAAAAGAUAAAUUACUUGAACAAGCAAAGAAGCAUCUUUCUGAACCCAUGGUGCAUGAACUGGUUCUUUGGAUACAGCAGCAUCUUAAGUAUAUCAUUAAGCAACCAGCAACAGUUUGCAAUGAAAAAACCACUUUGUCAAAAGGAGCAAGUACAGAGGAUGCUGUCUGGAUGCUCCUUUUGCAUUUAGAUCACAUGAGAGCAAAGGCAAAAUACGUCAGAACUGUGGAAAAAUGGGCUUCAGAUCUAAAACUGACUGGAAGACUGAUGUUCAUGGGCAAGAUAAUAUUGAUUCUUCUUCAGGGUGACAAGAGCAACAUUAAGGAGUACUUGAUUCUUCAGAAAACUUCUAAGGUAGAUGUGGACUCGAGCGGAAAGAAAUGCAAAGAGAAAAUGAUUAGUGUACUGUGUGAGACAAAAGUACAGUCACAGCAUAAAAGAUUUCAGAUGUUUGAAGUCAAAGAAUAUUCAACGCUGGAUGAGCUACAAAAGGAAUUUGAAACUGCAGGACUUGCAAAUCUCUUCUCUGAGUUUGUGCCUCCUCUCUUAAAAUAAAAAUAAAGCACUGGACUCCAUGAGAAAAGUAGUAUUUGACUGCAGAUUCUUCUGGGAAAUAAAGACUAUUUUGACAAGCAAACUUAUCUACAAAAAAAGAAAAAGAAAAAAACAGGAGUUGCAAUAAUGAGAAAGCAACAUGUAUGUUAAGAAUUGAUUUUUUGACUUCUAUGCAUACUAUAACUUUUUCAGAAGAAUAUGGAAUUAAUUAUGAUAUUUGCAUGAUAAAUAUGAAAUAUUAGGAGAAAACAGUGUUAGAAUAAUAAUCUUUCAAUUGAACUGUUUUACAGUCCUGAUUUUCAAUGCUUUGUUUUUCAUCUCUUGUGAUGGUGGUCUUCCAUAAUGGCUUUCUAGAAAUUGUGACUAAUUUCAUUUUGGAUGCCUAUGUAAAGGUAUUUUUCUAAAAAGCAUAGCAAACAGAUCUUAGCAUGAGAGGAUAGCAUAACUUAACAACCUUUAGGUGUUUGUCUGCUAACAUUUCUUUCUCUAUUUACUUGAAUCUAUAAAUACUUGAAUGUUGAUUUAAAGAAAGAGCUCAUGUGACUUCAGAUAUAAAAAUCCUAGAAAUGUUUCUCUUAAUGUUAGUUUUUAUUGUAAAAUGUAUAAAACCACUGAAGUGGAGAAUUUAAAUUGAUUUAAAAACUGUGUAUCGGCUGAGAUGAAAGCCAGUUGUAGUGUUUUCUUUGGUGGUUGUAUGUCCUCAGCCAGAUCUUUGAAAUCCUCUGGUGUUCUGGAAAUAGAACGGUAAGGAACUUUGUUCCAACCCAUGUCAACAUCUUGGCUAUUUAAGUCUAGCUGGGGCCUUACCCAGCUUGCAUAUAAAUCAGCUGAAUAUUCUUUCUGUUAAUUUUGGGAAUUGAAUGGCAUGAUUUUCCUUGUCACAUGAUCUCAGGUUGUGUAUGACUGCAAAAGUAACUGAGGCAUACAGUUAUGGCUAUCUUUCUUGCAAGUGUAAGUGCAGACUCUCCUCAAACUUCUUCCUCACUACUGUAAAAGCUAUGACAUUUAGCUGCUUUAGAAAAGCCAUUUGUGGGGUAAGCGGCUCCAGCUCCAGUCACACUUGGUUGUGAACUCGUGUUUACAACAUUUUCUGGAAUGUUACUUUUACCUGAUGCCUUCUUGUUUAACUCUUUGGACAGGGCUUUUCAAAGAAGCUAUGUGAUUUUUAUAUUCCAGGAGCCAUAGAAAGAAAUAUAGAAAACAAUCACGGUGCCAUUAUCACAGGUGACUUUUUUACUUACUAACUUACACUGCUCAAAUAAACAAGUCUAGUGCAGAAAGUACUGUGGUAUUUAUGCUUGAUUUGAUGUGCUUCAGAAGAAUUACAAAUCUGAUCAGCUUGAUACUAUUCAGACAGCAAAGAAGAACAUGAAAACUGAUGUCAGUCUGAUUCUGUCAAAGCAAACGUUUUUGCCUACCCGUCAAUCAGUCACUUAUUUUGAAGGAUAGGAGAGAUAUCUUGUGUUCAGACAAGUAAACAAUAUUUUUAAAGGUUGUUCUUUUGGAAGAAUGUUGCAGCUGUCUGUUAACAGAUGGUAUGUUUGCAUUUAUUGGUAAAAGAGAUGGUAAGCCUGUGAGCCCCUGGGGCACAGAAGUCAUCGAAAUGCAUGCUGUGGUGCAUGUUCCUCCCUCCAAAGGAAGUGAAGGAGACAUAGAAAUACAAAACGCGAGGAAACGAAGCCAGAGCUCCCGAGAAUUGUUAAGAGGGCAUGUCUCAGUGUCUGAAAAGUAAAUGAAAUAUAUAUACUUACUGGAGUAACACAUUUUACUUGCAAAAAAAAAAAAAAAAAAGGAAAAAAAAAAAAAAGAAAAAACUGCACAGAAAAAUGUUUUAACAAAUAAA